GCGGCCGCCGUGGGGGUCAUGCUGGUGCUGGUCCUGGUGGUGCUCAUCCCCGUGCUGGUCAGCUCCGUCGGAGGAGGCGAGGAAGGCGGUGGCAGGUUUGAGAUGCUGGGCACCUGCCGCAUGGUGUGCGACCCCUUCCCCACCGCGGUGGAGCCGAUCAACGCUGAGCAACAGGUGGACGAGCGGGCCGACCCGAGCGACACCAGCGUCGGGCCGCCGGUGCCCACUUUACCUGCUCACGCCUUGCAGGGUAGACCCGGGAGACCGGGUCAGCCCGGUCCCCCGGGGCCCCCCGGAGAGCCGGGCCCGCCGGGACCCAAGGGACCUCCCGGGAUUCUGGGCUUGGGGGGUACGGGCUCGGUGAGCACGGCCACCUACAACACGGCGGCCCGAGUGGCUUUCUACGCGGGGCUCCGGAACCCGCAGGAAGGCUAUGACGUCCUGCGAUUCGACGACGUGGUGACCAACAUCGGGGGGAACUUCGACGGCGCCACGGGCAAGUUCACGUGCAAAAUUCCCGGCACCUACUUCUUCAUAUACAACGUUCUGAUGAGGGGAGGAGACGGCACCAGCAUGUGGGCCGACUUGAUCAAGAAUGGUCUGGUCAGGGCGAGCGCCAUCGCUCAGGACCAGGACCAGAGCUACGACUACGCCAGCAAUAGCGUCAUCGUGCAUUUGGAUGCGGGUGACGAGGUGUGCAUCAAGUUGGACGGGGGCAAGGCGCACGGGGGCAACAGCAACAAGUACACCACCUUCUCGGGCUUCAUCCUGUACGCGGACUGACGAGCGCCGCUCGCUGACUUGGGUCGAGCUAAGCUGACGCAGAAGCUGCGGGUCGGCGGCGAACCGGCUACCUCUUUAUCCCCGUGUGGUUUCUUUGGGGAGGGAAUUUAUCAGUGUUAUGAAUUCUUCUUGUACAUUUCACGGUGAAUCUUGUCCACUCAAGUCGUCCCAAGUCAUCCCAGCGUAAAACCUUUUCAAAUCGUGGUGAUUCUUUCACGUCAUGUGCAUCAUGCAUGCAAAAAAAAAAAA